AUGAUAACGGGAUCAAUUUUGAUGUCGCUUGGGCUUAUAAGCGCUUCAUUUGCGCAUGAAAUAUGGCAUUUUUCACUUAGUCAGGGAGUACUCUUCGGAAUUGGAGGCUCUAUGGUAUAUCUUCCACCAAUUGUUCAUGCUCCACCAUAUUUCACAGCCCAUAGAGGCAUUGCCAUGGGAUUGCUCUUUUCAGGUACUGGUGCUGGAGGUCUUGCACUGGCACCACUGACCAGACAUCUGAUAUCUAAAUAUGGAUGGCAAUGGGCUUUGAGGAUUUGUGGCAUAUUCUCAUUUGGUGCCCUUGUUCCAAUAAGUUUCUUGGUAAAACCCCACGAAAGUCAAGCAGGAGAUAAGACAAAAGGUAACUUCAGAUUGAACUUAAAAUUGAUAAGCAGUAACAAGU